AUGGAAGGAUGUGUUCCCCUCACCAUCGGCCCCAUCUUCUCUCUUAUAGUUCUGUAUUCUCUCCUGCUUGGUCUUUUCAUUCUCUUUCGUCGUCUUGAUGCCGUAAUUCUGGCCAUGGCUCAAGCCUGUCAAGCUUCAGGAACCCUCUGCUCUCCGGCGAACAAGGAAACUCAGCAUGAAGAAAACAACACCAGCACAGAGGACAAUGACAACACUACCUCUGAAAAUGUCUCCCCCCAAAGCUUCUCUCUUUCAUCUGUUUAUUUCGAAAAGACCGCAGUAGUCGUACUCAAUCCACGAAAAUGCUCCAACAUCCUGGACAGUCAAUUGGACGAUAUUAGAGUCCCGACUCUGCAGCCUAAGACGCCCCAGAAACGGAUCCAUCUCGCUGCCACCGAUCCGAACCAGCUGAGAACGGUAUCGCUGCAACGUACGAACUCUGAUGACCUGCUUGAUGCCGGCAUAGAGGACCUGAUGAUUCCAGUGUUGGAGCCUGAACGGAAACCUCUGAUCGUUGCUCGUGUACGCAAGACUUCUGACGUCCCGAAGCCUUACCGACCAGGGAUGGACACCGUUCCCUGGGAUGGCAAUAUCCACUGGGCCAUACAGGGAUGUUCUAUAUUUGAGAAUCAGCAAGAAGAGGCCGAUGCCUUCUCUUAUCGUCCGAACCUCCUUUCUCGGCAACCCGUUUCGGAUCUCUGGAUAUUCCAGUACGGGCUCCGAUACAUUCCUGCUGGACGGGAGUCAAAUGUCUUUCGCACUGUCCGCAUCGAGAAGCUCGCGUCAAACGUGUCUCUGAACCAGGUACUGCCAUCCGUUUCGGGUGAGAUCUACUCGGCUUCUCUCUGCAACACAAGCCCUAUUACUGGGUAUAACACUGCUAUCGUUGUGUUUGUGCUCGAGAAGGACGCCCUAGACUUUGUUCAGAAAUCAAAGGAAGGACUACCUUUGGGCUUCUGCAUCGCCAGCGUUGCUCUCGUUCACACUCCGACUUACCCCAUGACGUCCCAGAUGAGCCAAUUCAUUUUUAAUCAGGGCUACACCCGAUGCCUGGUAAUCAGCCACCUUCGGAGGUCAUUGAGGGAGGAGACUUACCGCGUACUGAAGCGGUCUACCUACUACAACUAUAUUGAAAGCGUGGAGGAAGGACAGAUGGUGGGAGAUAUCUAUGUUCGUUUCUAUUCAGUCAAGAUGGCCGCAGCAGCGUAUGAUCUUUUUCAAGGCCAUCCAAGCUUCGAAAGAUGCAGCAUCAAGUUUCUUAGAAAGGCGGCGGAGUGA